CGUCUCUUUCACAUAACCUCCCUAGAUAUAAUUGACUAGCAUGGACUGAUGAAUGGCUAAAAUCAUCGGCGUCCCUACCAUGGAAUAUUCUAAUCGUGUGUCGAAACUUCCGGUUCAAGAUGGCGGCGACCUUGUGUGGGAAGCUUCUACUCAGACAGGGCUGGCUGCCCGUGACACAUUGUGUUCGUCAUGGAUCCAAGGCAGUUACACGCCACAGGAAGCCAAUGCACUUCCUCAAGCAGAAGCUAUUGGCUGUCACAGAGUACGUUCCUCCCAAACCUUCAGCCUCAAAGCGCCGUGUCCCCCAGGUCAAACCACACCAGGAGGAAAGUGGCUUGGCGGUGCUUCUGAAGAGGGAGGUGCAGUCCAUUUUCCAGGAGUGUAAGAUGAUUGCCGUGGUUCACAACAGUGCCACAAAUGCUGAGGAGAUGCUGCACCUCAAACACCGGCUGAGCAAGCAUGGAAUCGCUGUCCGAUUCUUCCCAAACCAGGUGAUGCGAGCCUUCCUGGAGGACUCCCAGUACAGUAACAUGGAGCCCCUUUUCAUUGGGCCGACAGUACUGCUCGUCAGCAAGGAGCCCAAGGUCAAGGAGAUGCUGCAGGGCCUGAGGGCUGUGCCCCAGAUGGUGCUCAUGGGAGCCUGCAUUGAGAACACAUUGCUGAGCCUCCAGGGGCUGGUCAGCUACUCUAAACUACCAUCUCUGGCCACGGUUCAGGGGCAAGUCGUUAGCGCACUGAGUCUGCAGACGUCCCAAACGGCCGCCGUGCUGCAGCACCACCCAGCCCGCCUGAGCGCGCUCCUCCAGCAGUACGUGACACAGAAAGGCCAGGAAGGAGCACCGGGAGGGAGUGAUGGAAAGGCAGGGGAGAUGACCCCCGUAUAGCUGUAGCACCCUCCCCCCCCCCUUCCCAGUGCUGGACUGCCGCUGACCGGCUGUAUUGGGGCCAGUGGGAAUGAAUGCCGCAGUUAUUUCAUGUCUGCAGCUUUGUCCUCUGACCUUUGAACUUCACUCUCUGUCACUGGCCCCUCAUACUGCUAUCUACCCCAAAAGGACUACUGUGUCAUUUAUGUUCUCAUUCUGCAACUACCAGCCCUUAUGUUGUUUUUGACGGAUCAAGAAAUGUUAAGUCAUAUUUAAGACUGUUCUUUUACACAAUAAAAGGAACCACCUGUGUUCCGCACCCUGCCCUCCCUCCCAUGUCACCUUGGCACAUAACUAAAUACAAACUUGAAAUAAUCAGUGAUCUCAUAA